UCCUAUCGACUUGGAAAAUGGUGGUCACAAAGAAUUUGAAUACUUCAAAGCAACACAACCAAAGGACUGGUCCUUCGUUGGCUUUUACACGUUUAGAGAGCGACAAACUGACUUCAGCAAAUUGUUUAAUCUGGAGGCAUUUAAACUUCGAAAAGCUUUGAACCACCUUUUGGAGAAUGGUUCUACAGAAGAAAAAGCGUAUGCAACAAAGUUAUUUGAGGCACUGAAGGUAAUGACAAGAAGUUCCGACUGGAGUGAAGCACACAGCUUAGGGUACUCGCCAGGGCUAGGAGGAAGUCUUGCGGGAAAGCCUCUGAAGAACUGCGGUUCGUCCGGCAGAGUUUUCACGUUUUACGACUAUGAAGAGAUCUUGCGGGAUGUCUUCUGA